AUGACAACACAGCAUGCCUUGAAUCUUUCUGGAUUUGGUUUAAAUGAGGACUUCAUACAUUCAGACAACAGAAUUGUGAGAAUGGGAGAAGCUGCAAAGAAGAUCUGUCUGGCCUCACUGAAAGAUCAAUCAUGCCAUGUGUUUGGUAAUGCUAAGGGGAGAACCAAACUUGACUUGGAUCUCAAGCUUGGCAUUUCUAACAUUUAUUCUUCACAAGCAAGAGACAACCAUUACAAUAACCAUACUUUUAAUCAAGUUGAGAAGAAUUUCAUCCAUGGUAGUUCUUCAACUCAUGAUGCUGGUGUCAAUUUCAACACUAAUCAAACUUAUGAAGGACAAGCAAGUAAACCGGGCUUGAAUUUCAACAUGGCCACAAAAAUGGAGGAUCCAAAAAGGCUAAGGAGGAUCAUGGCAAAUCGUGUUUCUUCAAAGAGAUACAGAUUGAAGAAGUUGGACCGCAUGGACCAAUUGGAAAAACAGAUAAAAGUUAUCCGGCAACAUAUCUCCAACUUUCGUCGUCAAAUUAGAGAGGCUAAAAAGAAGCAACAAUUGUUGCGGAUGGAGCAGCAUCAUUUGAAAUUCAGAAUUGCAACUUUUCACGAUGAAAAAAUAGUUAGAGAAGCUGAAAUUGGAAAGAACAGGGAAGAAGUGAAGAGGUUGAGAGAACUCCACAUUAACCAAUUGCAAGCCAGUGCACAACCUACAAUGCCUAAUUCAAAUGAUGGUCAUACAGUUGAGGAACAACUCGAUCUCAACCUAGGCCUCUAG